AUGCUCGCCGCCGAGCCCAAGGUCAAACGUUCCUCCUCGUCGCUGCCGGAGCAGCUGAAUGCCCCUGAUGGCAAGCGCAUAAAGCGCCCGUAUCACCACCACCAUCGCUUGCAAACGCCCGUAAAUCCUGCGCUUCCGGAGCCCGCCAUUCCCGAUGACGCCUACGUCGACCACCUAAUGAGCCGCUCCAUCGGGCAGACCCUACGAGAAACAGGAUUUGAUCUGGCUGAUCCAGCGGCGCUGGAGAGUUUCCGCAUUGCGACCGAAGAGUAUCUGCUGAAAUUCGCGUCAUAUGUGCGCCAGUCGAUGCUCUCGUCUCGUCGCACCCAACCCGUCCCCCACGAUUUCGAGCAUGCGUUAAAGAAACACCGUGUGCGCGUGGACGAUCUCCUGCCUCAUGUGAAAACUCUACCGAAUGUCGAACCUGUUCCCUCGCUCCUGCCGAGCCCUCCGCCGGAAGAAGAUGAUUGCUUUAAAACUUUACCGUCCCUAGGCCCGCAACUCAGUGGUGAAGACGAUCGUGCGAGAAGCGCAUACAUCCCGAAGCAUUUCCCCGAAUUCCCUAGUAAGCAUACCUACCGACAUACCCCCGUAUUCACGGAGCGCGAACAAGACCCGCGGAAGAUCCGGGAGCGGGCAACGGAGGAUGGUCGACAUGGUGAGGAGGCCUUGCGCAAGCUUGCACGCGCAGCGUUCAAGGAUAACCAGCUGGGUUCGUCGGGUCGGGAUAAGAAGCCGUGGGGUCGGAGGACGGAGACGAUGGAUAGCAUGUUUGAGAAGACGAUUAAAGGUGUCGCGAAGAAGAUGCAGAAGAAUACAACGACUCAGGGUGCUGCCACCCCUAUGGAGAUUGACUCUGGUGCGGUCGACCCGGAUGUGAAGUCUCGGAAUAAGGUGUCGUUGAGCAUAGAACUGCCACCGAUCAUCAACUGCGAGAGAGACUUUUGGCGUCGGACAACGACUGGGAAUCGAAGACCCGAGGAGAGGUCAUCGGGUAAUAAAGAAGCUCCGGACAUCUCACGAGUGGAUAGCUGGGUGAGCACAUGA